GGCGAUUAUAUAAAACAUCCUGUCCUAUACGAAUUAAGCUACAAAUAUGGUUUCACAGACAAUUUACCCGAAAGCGGCCUGCCCAGCCGCUUGGAGGAGAUCAAAGAAGCAAUACGACGAGAAAUACGAAAAGAGUUGAAAAUCAAAGAGGGCGCUGAAAAACUGCGCGAAGUUGCCAAAGAUCGUCGUUCGUUGAACGAUGUUGCUGCCAUUGUCAAGAAGAGCAAUAAUAAAAUUGCCGAACUGAAAUCGGAACUGCAAGAAUUGGAAUCACAGAUUCUAUUGACGCAGGGCAAUGAUCGAGAUAUCCUCUCACCCACCACACCCAAUGCCAGUCUGGGCGGCAAUUCCAUUGACGGCAAAAGCGGUGAAGGAAACGGUCUCAUCUCCGGUGGCCAUGAACAGCUUAGCGCCAACGAUAAACUACUCCUUUCGCUGGAGAAACAACUCAACAUUGAAAUGAAAGUGAAAAAUGGCGCUGAAAAUAUGAUCCAAUCAUUGCAGAGUGGCCACUAUGGGCGUGAUAAAAAACUCCUCGGCGAGGCACAACAAAUGCUAACAGAUUCUAAGGCAAAAAUUGAAUUCUUACGUUUGCGUAUACUGAAAGUAAAGCAAAACAAAGAGCAUGCCUAUAAAUUGUCCCAACAAGUGGCGGCAAUGGAUUCCGCCGAUAAUGGUGGCAGUUGUGGUCCGGGCAGUGUGGGUGGCCUACUGCCGCAGCGUUUGGAAACCUCACUGGAGGAGAGAAUCGAAGAAUUGCGGCAUCGUUUACGCAUCGAAGCCGCCGUUGUCGAUGGAGCGAAAAAUGUGAUACGCAUUUUACGAAAUAGUAAAGUGCCAGAUAAAAAGGCUUUGCAAGAGGUAAGUGGAUGGAAAAAAUGUUCGACUAUUUAUGAUUAUUUUAGUUAA